UCCAGCUCAAGUUAGGUAGGCCAAGAUGAACCCUUAUAACACGGGCUACCCGGGUCCACCCGGGCCCGGGCCUGCAGCCAGCCCGGCAGCCAGCCCCUUUGGAGCUGCCGGAAAUGUCCGCGCGUCACCCUUCGCUGGAGGGCCAGCUGGGGCGCCCAUGGGAGGAGGUCCACCGAUGGGAGGGCCAGCCAUGGGAGGAGGGCCACCAAUGGGAGGGCCACCCAUGGGGGGCCCGCCAAUGGGAGGGCCGCCAAUGGGAGGGCCGCCAAUGGGGCCGCCAAUGGGAGGAGGGCCACCCAUGGCAAAUCCGGGCCUGCCGCCCCCGCCCUCCGUGGACCAAAUGAAGGGCCCGCCCGCCGCCUCGACACCGUUCCCCGGCACUGGCAUGAGCUCCGGCACGGAGCCGCCGGCAGCCUUCGGUGCUGCCGCAUCAGCACAGAGGGCGAGCCCGGGCAUGUACCCCGGCGCGGACACUGGCGCGAUUGGGGGUCAGAUGGGAGGCCAGAUGGGGGCCCAAAUGGGAGGCAUGGGCGCUCCCAUGGGUGGUCAAAUGGGCGGGAUGCAGCAGAACACACAGCAGGAUGCGUAUUCUGCGCAGUUCCUGAAAGAUGUUGAAGCCUUCAACUCUCCCGCCCACUUUAUGCGGUGCUCGGUCUCGAGACUGCCGAAUUCCGUCAGCGCCAAGCAGAGGUUAAACAUCCCAUUGGGGGUGGUUUUGCAACCUUUGGCGCCCUUGCCGCCAGAGAUUGAGCAGGUUCCAUCGGUGAACUUUGGUGCCGUUGGUACCAUCGUUCGCUGCAAACAGUGUCGAACCUAUGUGAACCCCUUUGUGCAGUGGGAGGCCAAUGGACGUCGCUGGAACUGCAAUCUUUGCGGAUUUUCUCAGCUCACUCCCGACACGUACUACGCCAGCCUUGAUGAGUCAGGCAAACGGAUGGACCGCUUCCAGCGGGCAGAGCUGCACAAAGGGGCAGUGGAGUACAUCGCCCCCGGGGAGUACAUGGUGCGACCUCCGCAGCCGCCGGUCUUCAUGUUCGUCAUCGAUGUGUCCUACACCUCGGUCGUCACGGGCCUCUUGAACACCGUCGUGGCCAGCAUCAAGGAAGCCAUCCAGUCUGGGAACAUCCCUGGCGGGCAGCGGGUCCAGGUGGGCAUCAUCACCUUUGACACCAGCUUGCACUUCUACAACUUGAACUCCAACCUCAGUCAGCCCCAGAUGCUUGUCGUCUCUGAUCUGGAAGACCUAUUCCUGCCGCUGCCCGAUGACAUUUUGGUGCCGCUGGCCGAAAGCGAAACAGCCAUUAUCAACCUGCUGGACUCCCUGCCGUCCAUCUUUGGCGAGACCAAAGUCAAUGAAUCCUGCCUGGGAUCCGCUGUGCGAGGUGCAUUCAUGGCCAUGAAGCAUAUUGGUGGAAAGCUCCUCGUCUUCGGUGCCUGCAUUCCGAGCGUGGGAGAGCUGGCGCUGAAGUCCACGAGGGACAACCCCCGGUUGCUUGGCACCGACCGUGAAGUGGAGCUGCUGCGACCUGCUGGAAACGAUGGAUACAAGGAGUUGGGCAAGGAGCUUACGCCAGCCCAGAUCUCCGUGGAGUUGUUCUUGGCUCCUCAAGCCUACAUGGACUUGGCAUCAAUUUGUCCACUUGCCAAGUACACCGGUGGCGACGUUCACUACUACCCGCAGUUCAACAUCAAUACUUGCUUCGCGAAAUUCAAGACGGAGUUGGUGCACGUGCUCACCCGGUACAUGGGCUGGGAAGCUGUGAUGAGGGUCCGUGUGUCCAGAGGUUGGAAAAUUACCAAGUUUGACGGGCACCUGUUCAUUCGGGGCCAGGACUUGCUGGUGGUUCCCAACUGCCAUUCAGAUCAGACUUUCGCGAUUCAGAUUGACAUGGAGGAGAAUGUGACGCCGGAUCCCGUGCUUUACGUUCAGAGUGCGCUGUUAUACACGAACAGUGAGGGUGAGCGCCGCAUCCGCGUGCACACCUGGGCUGCCAUGACAACUCAAAACUUCAAUGACAUCAUCGGCUCCAUCGACGUGCAGGCGAGCGCUGUGAUGAUGUCCCACCUUGCUUUAGACCAGUCCUUGAAGACCAACCAGACAGAAGGCAGAAACAAGCUCAACUCUUUCUGUCAGCAGGUUGUCCAGGCUGGCAACAUGUGUCCACAGUCUGAUGCUUUGCAGUUUCUCCCCUUGUACAUCAUGGGCAUGCUGAAGUCAGCAGGUUUCCGGGCAACCAACGACAUUCCAGCCGACUUGCGGACCUACCUGUGGAUGCGACUGGAGACGCUGUCGGUGUCACAGUCUGCAGCUUUCUUCAAUCCUCGGCUCAUGGCACUGCACAAUGCGCCUGAGUCCUGUCGCACUCCUGAUGAGCAUGGGCACAUUCAGCUGCCAGACAUGCUCAAUCUCACCAGUGAGUCCAUGACCCAAGAUGGGGUUUACUUGCUGGAGGACGGCGAGUCCAUGUACAUGUGGAUCGGUCGGGCUGUGGAUGUCAACUUCUUGCAAGCCGUCUUUGGAGUUGCAUCCUUCGAUCAGCUCGACCCCCUGGCGGCCGAAGCUGUGGUGGGCACCCGCGGCGACCCGUUGUCAGAGAAGGUUGGCCAUAUCAUCAGACAAGUGCGCUCUGAGCGGCCCACCCCUUUCAUGCAGCUGCACAUCAUGCGGCAGGGCGAGCCCAAGGAGACAAAGUUUUUCGCAGCUCUGAUAGAAGACAGGACGGUGGGCAUGCAAAGUACCUAUACCGAGUUCUUGCAGCGCAUGGGCUACCGAUCACCCCAGCAGGCUCCUCCGCAGCAAAGUGGCAUGCCACAAGGAGCGCCUGGAAUGAUGGCCCCACCCAUGAACAGAGCUUACUGAGCAAAGCGCUUAGAGUCAGUCUGACCUCGCUGACCUCAGUAACUUUACCUUGCCCAACUCGUGCAGC